AAGAUUCAUGAAAGAUAUGAGUCAUACGACGUCGUAUCCAGUCGUGAAAACACAAGCUCGAGAAAAUCGAGAGUUUCGACUUCACCUCUGCACACUUCACUCAACUUCACUGUCGUUAUUUGUUCACUCUUUCCAUUUAUACCCUCACCGUCAUGUAGAAAAGAAGCUCUUUUUUCUUCUUCAGAAUCCAAUUUUUCUUAAUUUUUCUGCUUUAAUUUCACAGGGAUAUAGGGCGCUAGAUGGAUACAGAGAACGAAAGAAAGGGCGAUUAUGCUCCUAUCAGAGAUCCAGAGUACCCACAAUUGGGAAAAUUUGACAAGCCACUUCCAUGUUUUGGCUGUGGAAUUGGAUGGUUCUCUUUUCUGCUAGGAUUUGUAUGCCCAUUGAUGUGGUAUUAUGCUACAAUUCUCUACUUCGGAAAUUACUACCAUAAGGAUCCAAGGGAGCGUGCCGGACUUGCUGCUUCUGCUAUUGCUGCCUUGGUCUGCACAAUUACUGUGGUGAUAACAAUACUUGUGAUUAUCUUGUAGUUUUUUUACUGUCAAUUAUAACCCAAAUGUAAUCAUUUAGCCACGGAGAAAAUGAAAAUCGCUUCAAAAAUCAGCUUCUACAAGAGGAAAGCAAGGCGUAUUCAGACGGUAGAUAAAGUUCCUGGCAUGCAAAGCUAGUUAAGUUUGCAUUCCGUGAGGGCAUAAAGCUCGCCUUCUAUUUCCUUAUUAUAGGCGUACGAUGUAACUAACUAGAUUUUCUGUUGUAAUUUUAUUGAAGAAGGUUGUUGAUUCUCAUUAACUUAUUUUAGUAGGCAUGUAUGUAUCUUUGGGAUUGCAAAUUAGUUGCUAAUUUUAUCUUUGGGAUUGUUCUUCUGUCAACAAUGCUCUAGAGUGAUUUUUCUCCUUCAAAUUCAUUAUUAUUAAACCCUUCCUUGGAACAA